AUGACCCAUUGGACUUCUAUUCCUCCUUCCAUGAAAUCAAGCUGGAACGCUUCUGAUUCCACUUAUCGUUCAUGGGUUGGAGUCGAAUGUGACUCCAAUCAUCACCACAACCACUUUGUUGUUUCUUUAAACCUCUCUUGUUUUCAAAUAUUGGGUCGAUUAGGACCUGAGAUAGCUGAAUUGACCCAAUUGAAUCUCAUUGAAUACUUGGAACUCUCCCAAAACAACUUCACCGGUGAUAUACCAGAGAGCUUUGGGAAUUUGUUGAAUUUGAGAUUCAUAAACUUGUAUUCUAGUCUCAUGAAAGGUUUAAUCCCUGAAUCUCUGUUUCGAAUCCCACAUUUGGAUACUGUUUGGCUCGAUGUGAACGAACUUAACGGUUCGAUCCCAUUGAAUGUUGGCAACAUGAGUGAGAUUGAGACUGAUGCCUAUGCUCUCUGGACAAAGUUAGAAGGCAUGUACCAAUCGAAGACUGCUUGGAACAAAGCCCUCCUGAUGAGAAGACUUGUGAAUUUGAAGUUGAAAGGCGGUAUCUCUGUUGCUGAACACACCAGUGAGUUUCAAAAUCUAGUGAACCAACUAGCAACUGUCAAAAUGGAGUUAGAUGAUGAGAUGCAGGCCCUAUUGCUGCUCAGUUCUUUGCCAGAUAGUUGGGAGACAUUGGUGGUGUCCCUCAACAACUCUGCCCCAGAAGGGAAACUGACCAUGAGCAUGGUUACAGAUGCUUUAUUUAGUGAAGAGGCAAGAAAGAAAGAAAUGGGUGGAGAUCAGUCUCAUGCCCUCGUCACAGAAAAUAAAGGUUAA